AUGGCGGCCCAGGCCGAUACAGGGGAGCCGAGCCCUCCUGGCCCAGGCCAUAGCUUCAACAAGAAAACCUUCCACAAGCCUACGUAUUGCCACCACUGCACCGAUAUGCUAUGGGGUCUCAUCCAACAGGGAUACACUUGCGAGAGUGAGUUUCUUCCUCCCCUCCCCUUGUUUUUCUGUCUCACCCUCUUGUCUUCCGUGAUGGGGGAUGACAGGGACGCCCUCAACAUCCCCUUGCGAGAUUCUACUCCUGCAUGCGCCACAUAG